AUUGAGACCAAUGUUAUUCGUCCAGCCCGGAGACCGGACCGUUUUGAUCAAAUUAAGGUUGUUUAAGGUUGUAGCUUUUUGUCAACAUCACUUCGGUGACAGAGAGAUGUCCUUUGGGUUUUAUUUAUCCGGGAAGUCCGAAUCUGUGAAUAUCUUUCCAACUUCACCGAACUCCUCAGCCCGCUGCGUCAUGGCGACGGCGGCGGAAAAGUUACGCAUUUCCUAACCGAGUGUGCGGAAUAUCGCUGUCGCGGUCCGCAGACACAAGUCAUGGUGGAUUACAGUGUUUCAGAUGCAGCAGGAGCCCUACUCCCAAAGAGAGGGGGCCCUUUUAAAAUGGAGGAGCUGGCACUGAGUGACUUGCUGGAAUGUCCUCUGUGUUAUGAGCCGCUGGAUGUGUCAGCCAAGGUCCUGCCCUGCCAGCACACUUUCUGUGUGUCCUGCCUGCAGAGGCAUGAGGUGGCCCACUCCCAGCUGCUGUGCCCAGAGUGUGGAGCUCCUGUCCCAGCCAGAACGGUGGAGGAGCUUCCUGCAAACGUCCUGCUGGUGCGGAUCCUGGAGGGACUGCAGGGAUCACCGGGGCCCAGCAGGGACAGACAGACAGCCCCCGCGGUGCCCUUGGUCAGGAGUGGCUUGACAGUCAGGGAGGGUCAGCAUCAGCUUGAGGGUCAACACAGAGAGAAGCAAGGGCACAAUGAGCUGGCUCUCAGAGCGUUGAUGUGUAACCAACGAGGUGAUUCGUCCGGAGAGCUGGUCCUGCUCGCACCUGGUAACGGUAUCACCCAGAAACACAAAGUGGAUGAGAGCUGGCACCAUGGGAACGCUGGUGACGGCAGCGCCGCAUCUGUCACUGCCAGCGCGCUGCAGGCCAUCAGCUUGACGCCUCAGCUGCAGUCCCAACCUCAGGCUCUCUGCAGGGCGCUGCACAGCUUUAACCCCGAAGAGAGCAAUCUGGAAGACAGCAAAUGUGGUCUCAGCUUCCUCAAGGGAGACAUCCUUACUGUCAUCAGACGGGUGGAUGAACACUGGAUCGAAGCCAAGUUCGGGGAGAAAGUUGGAAUUUGCCCUCUGCAGUAUAUAGAGCCAAACUUAGUGGCUGCCAAACUGCUCGAGGGAAAGACUCGGAGGUGGAGUGACUCAGCAGACUUUCACCAUCGGACUGGGAGUGGGGGCAAAGACAAGGCCGCUGACGUAUCCAAUAGGACCACCCACUACGGAGUUCCUCAAUUCCGAGCAAAGACACCCAUCGUCAAUGCUUUGCCCCUCUCCAACCAGCGGAAUCAGCCUGCAGCCAGCAGCAUCCGAUUUAACCCGGCUACCGGAUUAAAAGGAGAGACGACCAACAUCAGCACCUUCAACAGCAUAAGCCGUCGGGGGCGACCACACAUACUCUCCGCGUCUCUUGCUACCCGGGACCCCUCUCAUCACUCCAGAGUGAACUCUCAGCGAAUUAGACGCCACUCUGACUCUACACACAGACAUCUACAGAGCGAGAAGAAGAUGACCAGUGACACUCCACCCGCCAUCUCUAUGGCACUGGUGAACCCCCAAAUGUCCUCGACCUCUGCAGACAGCAAAAACUCCUCCACACAGCAACUCUCCAUCAGUGUGUGUGCCGUCUUGUACUCCUACAAACCACGACGGCCUGAGGAGCUGGAGCUGAGGAAAGGAGAGAUGGUGGGAGUUUACGGAAAGUUCAAAGAAGGCUGGCUGCGUGGGUUAUCGCUCAAAACGGGCAAAGUGGGCAUUCUGCCCAGCAACUACAUCACGCCUGUGCUCAGAACCUCGGCCAGACUCCUGGAGACCAAAGCAGCUAACGCGUCCUCACAGUACAACACAGUAGCCGGAAAGAAGCCCACUGCUGCCAAGAAUCCUGCUGUGGUCCUUGCUAUUGAUAGGGUAAACAUUGAUGGAGCGAUAUACUCAACAGGACAGGUCCCAUCUGUGCAAAAUGGAGCGCAGCGCGCAACGUCAUCCACUGGCGCUGGAAAACCGUCUCUCGGUGGGGGUUCAGAAGGUUGGGACACGGUGAGGCGCAUCUUUAACCCUCAGAGAGGGUCAAACUAUUUCUCCCAUACGUCCAAUCUGAACAUUCCAUCCAAGUCACAGCACUUUUCACAAGUUCAGGCAUCUGGCUACUCGCCUGCCCUGCAGAGGAAGAAAAGCAGCAUCCUCCUGUCUCACUCUGGCAGACCUCGGGGCUGGAUGACUGAGACAACAGCGCCCUCUGCUGCUGCAGUCUUUAAGGACAGGAACUUCACUGCGUCACAUGACAGACAGCCUCCCAAUGGGCCUCACUCUAUUCUAGUCAGACCCAAUUCACACAAGAAUACUGCAGACAAGCUGGCAAAGUCAGUGCGGUUCUUCACAGAUGAAGACUCCCCUCCUCCGAGACCUCGGACUUCCUCUUGGUCGUCAGGAAAUCACGUUCCCUCCAACUGCGUCCCUGGCCCUCCACCGUUAGAAGUAUGGGCCCCAUCACUCACGCUGGGAAGAGACGGACCGGGGAUCAUUCUUAAAGAAGGAAAAGCUCCUAUUCUUAGGAAAGGCAUAGAAAAUGCCAUCUCGGAUCUAAAUUAUAACCCGCAAAAAACAAUAUGGUCACAGCCGUUGUUAUCAGCCGUGCCCGGUCAGUUCAGCCCCAGCAGACACAGAGUGUCCACAACGCAUUUAGCCCAGACGGACUCAGAGCUCAGUCUGCUUCAAGGAGACCUCGUCCUCGUCCACAGACCUCGACCUGAUGGACGGGUUCUUGUUACUCAGGAGAGCAGUGGGCAGACUGGCUUAUUCCACAGCAUUGUUUUCCAAGACCUCGAGAGGCUCAGCUGACUGUGUGGUACUGUAGUUAUGUAUAUGUCUAUAUUUCAUGUGUUCAACUGCCAAAUGACUUGAUUGACCUGAACAACAAGAGGUCCAAGGGUAAAUACUGCCAGUGACAAUCCUUUGAAAGAGGUGUUUAUUUUUGUCCUGAGUAUAUAUGAGAGUGUGGUUCAGUUCUCCAGAGAUAUAUUGUGUUUUCUUAAACGUAUGUGCAUGUUUGUUACACAUGUACUAUCGUUAAGAUUUUGUACAAAAUCACAUCUAAUGACUGUUCCUUGUUCAGAACAAAGUUGCACGCACUGGUGAGUGUCUUUUUCAAAACUCACAAAGAAACAAACUAUAUUUAAAUAUAUUUAGAGAAAUAAUGAAGUCAAAUAUAUGUACUGCUUAUGUGGUAAUAAACUAUACUUCCAGAACU